AUGGCGGAGAUUGUUCAGCAGCGGAUCGAGGACAGAAUUCCAGAGCUGGAGCAACUGGAAAGAGUAGGACUCUUCACCAAGAAAGAAGUCAAAGCUGUCAUCAAGAGGGUUACAUCUUUGGAAUACAAACUCCGCAGGCGGAUGGUCAAUAAAGAUGACUUUGUACAAUACAUUCAGUAUGAAGUCAACGUCCUGGAGUUGGUCAAGAAGAGGAGAGCGCAUAUAUGCUACCACUUCAAGAGGGAAGAUAUUGAGUUCCCUAUCAUUCACAGAAUCAAUAGUGUCUUCAGAAGGGCCACAAGCAAGUGGAAGGAUGAUGUGCAGCUUUGGCUCUCUCAUGUCGCCUUUUGUAAGAAAUGGGCCACACGGGGGCAGCUCAGCAAGGUGUUCUCAGCGAUGCUGGCCAUCCACUCUGACAAACCAGAGCUGUGGAUCAUUGCAGCCAAGAGUGAGCUGGAAGAGAGGAAUUCUUCAGAAAGUGCUCGUCAUUUGUUCCUCAGGGCGCUACGUUUUCACCCGGGCAACAAAAAACUUUACCAGGAGUACUUGCGCAUGGAGCUGUUGCACUGUGAGAAGCUGAGGAAGCAGCAGGCAGAACUGGAACAAGCGAAGAUUGACAUUGGUGAAUAUGAGUUUUCCAAAGAGAUUCUUGAUGGGAAACUAGCGAUGGUUGUGUACAAAGACGCCACAGACAAAAAUAAAGAGGCAGAGUUUGUCAUCUCACUCCUGACCAUCGCUUCCAUUUUUGACUUCACCAAAGAUUUUCAAGAGCUCAUCCUGCAAGACCUACAAACCAACUUUCUAGAUGACAGUGUGACAUGGGACUUCUUGGCCAAGAGGGAGCUAGAGGCUCCGGGAGUGGGAGAGGAACUCCGGACAGCAAAGGGUCGCGCUAUGGAGGUUAACCGAAGAGAGGCGCAAUGCUGUCUUGUGUACGAGAAAGGACUGGAGAGGAUUAACACUGAACCCAUGUGGACGUGCUACAUCGCCUUCUGUCUGGAGAGGGUGAAAAGGAAGACAAACGUCCAAGAGCUGAAGGACAAGAGACAAGAGAGGCUGCUUGGAGUUCUGCAGCGUGCCCACGACUCUUCAUUCCUAAAAGAGGAUUAUUAUAAGACCUGGGUGCAGAUCCUUCUCUCAUCAGGGGACGUAGAGGGCGCUGCCAUGAAAGCUAUGGCAGCCACGCAGCGCUACAGCCAAUCAGUGUCGGCUUGGACUAUGGCCUUGCAGACUCUGGUACAGUUGGAAAAAGUUGACAGUGGGCAGCUGUUCCAGGACGCACUAGCACAUAUAAAUCCCAAGGAAAGCUUACCGGUUUGGCAGCUUCAGGUCCAGUGGAGCGUAGCCAACCAGAACCCAGAGGAGACAGAAGCCAUUUUCAAGAGAGGUGUACUGUCUGUGGUGGCGGCGGUUGCCAUGGAGAUGAAAGAGCGCUACGUUGAUUGGUCAUACGCUACAGGAGGCUACAAGAAAGCGAGAAAGACUUUUACGAGUUUACAGGAAAUCCGACCCUUAUCUAAACCUUUCUUCACCAAUAUGAUAAAGAUUGAGAAAGAACAAGAGACCCCAAAGAUGAACAAUUUGAGAGACUACUAUGAGAGGGUCCUAGAAGAGUUUGGCUUGUCCGAUGAAGAUCUGUGGCUGGAGUACAUCCAGGAGGAAAUGGGGCCUCUUGGCCAGCCGCAAAACUGUGGCAAGAUCCACUGGAGAGCCAUGAAGUUUCUGGAAGGGGAAAGCGUGGAGAGGUUUAUCUCCAAAUACACUCUCCUGCAGACUGGAAAUCUCUGA